UUCCGUCUUUUUCUUCCUUCGUGCCCACUCUUCCUCUUCUCCUUGCCAAAUUCUUAAAACCCCCUUCUUAGAAGCCCUUUACCCUAAAUCCUAACGCCAUUGAAUGCGAAAGCCCUACUCCAACCCCCCGAAAACCCUUGUAAUCUAAUCCCAAAAAUCCUAAGCCCCCUGAUGGAAGAGGGCGACAACAGCACCGCCGCCAACGUCGCCCGCGCCAUCGCCGCGGCCCUCGACUGGAGCUCGCCUCCCGAUGCCCGAAAAGCCGCCGUCGCCUACUUGGAAUCGGUUAAGAAUGGAGAUGUCCGUGUUUUGGCAAAUACAUCCCUUCUUUUGGUUCGGAAGGAUUGGUCAUCUGAGAUUCGACUCCAUGGGUUCAAAAUGCUACAGCAUUUGGUUCGAUUCAGAUGGGAUGAGUUUAGCAUCUCAGAGCGGAGGGAAUUCGCUAAUUAUACUAUUAAUUUAGUAGUGGAAGUGGUUGGCUCUCAUGAGGAGUGGGCUUUAAAGAGUCAGAUGGCUGCUUUAGUCGCAGAGGUUGUUCGGAGGGAAGGAAUAGCUCUAUGGCAUGAGCUACUACCAUCUAUAGUUUCUUUGUCUAACAAAGGUCCCACUGAGGCUGAAUUAGUUGCAAUGAUUCUAAGGUGGCUUCCAGAAGAUAUAACAGUUCAUAAUGAAGAUUUAGAAGGUGAUCGACGGAGGAUAUUGUUACGUGGUCUUACAGAGUCUUUGACGGAGAUAUUACCACUUCUGUAUUCCUUACUUGAGAAACAUUUUGUAGCUGCCUUGACUGAACAUUCUAGGCAGCAAGUGGACUUGGCUAAACAACAUGCUGCCACAGUGACAGCUGCUCUAAAUGCUGUUAAUGCAUAUGCUGAAUGGGCUCCUGUGCCUGAUCUUGCCAAAUAUGGCCUAAUUCAUGGUUGUGGAUCCUUACUUCCUUAUAAUGAAUUUCGUCUCCAUGCUUGUGAAUUCUUCAAAUUCAUCUCUCAGAGAAAAAGACCUGUUGAUGCCACGGGCUCUGAGUUUGAUUCAGCAAUGAAUAUGAUUUUCCAGAUCUUGAUGAAUGUGUCAAGAGAUUUUCUAAACGGAUCAAUGUCAAAUUCUGGUUCUAUUGAUGAAAAUGAGUAUGAGUUUGCAGAGUCUAUAUGUGAGAGUAUGGUUGCUUUGGGUUCUUCUAACAUGCAAUGCAUCCUUGUCGACAGAGGCAUGACUUCUCAGUUUCUUCAACAGAUGCUGGAAUACUAUCAACAUUACAAGAUUGCACUUCAUUUCCAAUCUUUGCUCUUUUGGCUGGCAUUGCUGAGAGAACCAUCAUCAAAAGGAAAAUCCAUUGCACAGGUUUCGGGGGAUAACCUUUCUGUUGGUAAUUUAGGAUUUGGUGGCGGGCCAAUAGACAAGGACAAGAAGUGGGUCUCUUUAUUCAUCACUGAUGAAGUCUGUGCUGCUAUAUUGGAUGUUUCUUUCCGAAGAAUGCUCAAGAAAAAUGUUACUUCAGGCACUGCAACAUCUUUAGAACCCUUAGAGCUAUGGAGCGAUGAGCUUGAGGGAAAAAGUGAUUUCAGCCAAUAUCGUUCUAGAUUGUUGGAGCUCUUAAAACUCACAGCUUCUCAAAAGCCACUUGUAGCUGCAGCAAGAGUUUCUCAGAGAAUUGAUACAAUAAUUAAAAAUGCAAAUCAUCAAUCAAUGUCCCAUCAGGAUUUAGCUGUAAUGGAAAGCACACAACUAGGCCUUGAAGCAGUUGUUGGUUCAAUUUUUGAUGGUUCAGAUGAAUCUCUCAGCAGCAAUCCUGAAAUCAAGUUUCAGUUACACACAAUUUUCGCAGGUCUACUUCAGCAGCUCCUUUGUUUAAAGUGGACUGAACCAGCAUCUGCAGUAUUGCUUGGGCGAUAUUUGGAUGCAUUGGGUCCCUAUUUGAAACACUAUCCAGAUUCAGUCACCGGUGUCGUGAAUAAACUUUUUGAAUUGUUGACAUCUCUUCCUUGCACCAUUCAGGAUCCUUCAUCAAAUAAUGCUCGGCAUGCUAGGUUGCAAAUCUGUUCAUCUUUCAUUCGAAUAUCCAGAGCUGCUGACAAGAGCCUUCUUCCGCAUAUGAAGGCUAUAGCUGAUACCAUGGGAUAUCUUCAAGCAGAGGGUCGACUACUCCGAGGGGAGCAUAAUCUUCUGGGAGAAGCAUUCCUUGUAAUGGCUUCUUCUGCUGGGAUUCAACAACAACAAGAAGUAUUGGCGUGGCAGCUUGAGCCUUUGAGCAAAGUAUGGACCCCAUUGGAGUGGCAAAACACUUACUUGUCCGAACCAUUUGGAUUGACAUAUCUUUUCUCGGACGUCCAAUUUAUGUGGUCAAUUUUCCAUGCUGUAACAUUCUUUGAGAAGGCACUGAAAAGGAGUGGAAGUAAGAAGUCUAAUAUCAACUUACAAGGAUCCGUAGGGCCGACAACUAAUCCUACUUAUCUGCAUCCUAUAUCGUCCCACUUAUCAUGGAUGCUUCCCCCGCUUUUAAGGCUGCUUCGAUCUAUACACGCCCUAUGGUCUGAACCAAUAGCUCAAGUUCUACCUGGUGAACUAAAAGCUGCUAAGGGUAUGAGCCCAGUUGAGCAAACUAGUCUUCUAGGAGAGAGCUCUCUUAAGCUGCCAAAAGGUAAUUUGGCUGCUGCCACUGGAGAUGGGCCUUCAAUGGAGAUGAGCAGGGAGGGCGACUCUAAGGAAAAUGAUAUUAGAAACUGGUUGAAGGGUAUCCGAGACAGUGGGUAUAAUGUAAUUGGCCUCUCGACGACUAUUGGUGAUACCUUCUUCCGGUGCAUUGAGGGUUCUUCUGUAGCACUUGCUCUUGUGGAGAAUGUGCAGUCAAUGGAAUUUAGACAUAUACGUCAACUCAUCCACUUAGUUCUUGUUCCUUUGGUUAAAAAUUGUCCUGUUGAUUUAUGGGAAGCAUAUAUUAUAAAUCUGUUGCAUCCAUUAUUACUUCACUGCCACCAAGCUCUUUCUUGUUCAUGGUCAAGCCUUCUAAAUGAGGCUCGAGCUAAAGUACCUGACAACAUUGGUAAUCUUCUUGGAUCGGAACUGAAGGUGGAAGUAAUGGAAGAGAAGUUGUUGCGCGAUUUGACUAGGGAAGUAUGUUCCCUUCUUUCGGCUUUAGCAUCGCCAAACUUGAAUAGUGGGCUUCCCUCGUUGGAACAAAUUGGACCUACCAACCGUGUGGAAGCCUCUCACUUGAAGAAUGUAGAAUCAUAUGUUUCAAACUCUCUCAUCGGAUUUCUCAUGUUGCAUAAGGGUACUGCUCUUCCUGCAUUAAGGAUAAGCCUUGAAGUUUUCACUUGGACUGAUGGUGAAGCGGUGACUAAAAUUAUUCCUUUCUGCGGAGCCAUAAUUCUUCUGGCUAUUUCGUCAAACAAUCAGGAAGUAAGGGAGUUUGUCGCGAAGGAUUUGUUCUUUGCAAUAAUUCAAGGUCUAGCCCUUGAGUCGAAUGCUAUAAUCAGCGCAGAUCUUCUUGGCCUCUGUCGUGAAAUAUACGUCUAUUUGUCAGAGAGGGACCCUGCACCUAGACAGGUUUUGAUGUCCCUUCCUAACAUCACUAAAGAUGAUUUACUUGGCUUUGAGGAUGCUUUGAGUAAAACAAGUAGCCCUAAAGAACAAAAGCAGCACUUGCGAAGCUUGCUUAUAUUAGCUACAGGAAACAAAUUGAAAGCUCUUGCUGCUCAAAAAGUUACCAAUGUAAUUACAAAUGUCACAGCUCGAAGCCGCACUUCAGCUCCAAUUUCUGGGCCCACUGUCGAAGAAGAUGGCGCUAUUGGAUUGGCAGCAAUUACAUAAAAAAAAUGUUGGCAUGUUUGUGAAUUUUGGAAGGCACAUCUGUACAGAGGAUUCGAAGAGGCCCGGUAGUUGUCUGGAGAAACCCUGAUUUUGUUUGCUGAUGAAUGGAAAGCUAGCAGCUACUUGGCUGCACACAGAGGCAGAAUCGUAUUUACUAGUGCUUCAAUGUUUAUUCGGUCUGCAUCAUGUAAUCAUUUGUAUGAGUUCUCCGACUAGCAUGAAAUGUUUUACGUGAGGUUUUAUCUGCUUCACUGUAUAUCGGGACUGUGAACAAAGGGUGCUCUUAUCUGCUUCACUGUAUACUGGGACUAUGAACAAAGGGUGCUCUUUUUUUUGGUUUUAGUUCAUCUGUUUCGGCAUGUAAUGAAAAUCUCUCUCUCUCUCUCUCUCUCUCGCCCAAAAUGAAUGACUUGUAAUGGUGAAAUGCACCGAAGAUACUUGUUCUGACAGUAUUUUGGACAAAAAUUUUAUUGUUGUGCCCAAA